CGGCGUCCUGGCAACCGCUCCCGCAGCCCGGCCUGCGGCCGCCCCGCUCCCCGCCGCCGGAGGCCGCCGCGCCGCCGCCGACCCACGGAACGAACGGCCCACCGACGGACGGACGGACGGGCGCAGAAAGGAGGUCCCGGCGCUCGGCAAGCGGCUGCCGUGGCGGCGGCAGCGCGCUGAGAGCGGGCGCAGCCGGGAUGCGGGGGAGAGAGGGGCAGCCCCGUCCUGCCCGCAGCCAGCACUGGCAUGUAAGAACUUAAACAAGGAGACAUAAAUUAUUGACCAGAGAAUGGCCCAGCGAAGCCCAAUCUUCCCAACUCUUGCCCCUUCUGAAAGACGGGUUCGAAACAUAGCGCUGCACAGCCAGGCGUUGACAGCGGUCCCGUUGGCAUCUGCAAGCCUGGUGGAUCAGCUGGAAGACAGAAUCCUAAGCCAUGAGAAAACAACGGCGGCUCUUGUGGAACACGCUUUUCGCAUUAAGGAGGACAUUGUUUCCACUCUGCACAGAAUGCAGAACAAAGGGGGGGGCGACCGGUUGGCUAGGCAACUCUUGGAGGAACAUAUCCGAAACAUAACGGCAAUAGUGAGGCAGCUUAAUCGGGACAUUGAGAUGCUGCAGGAACAGAUACGUGUCAGAGACAAUCUCAGCUAUGGAACAAAUUCUACCCUGAAGAGUCUGGAAAUGCGGCAGCUUUCUGGGUUAGGAGAUCUUCGGGGAAGAGUUGCAAGGUGUGAUGCUGGGUUAGCCCGACUGUCUGCAGAGCAUAAAAUUACAUAUGAAAGACUUCAGAGCCUAAGUAAAGACCAACACACUUCCAAGCUGAUCUUGGAAUCCAAAAUCAAAGAGGCAGAAAUACAGAUUUCUCAUCUUCUGAGCAGAGUAGAGCAAUCAAUAAUGCAACAAGAAGCUAAGCUGAAGAUUGCCUACAAAGAGAGCAACCAACAGCUCCAUCUUCUGGAUACGAAAUUAAAAAAUGCUAUUGAGGAACUCAGCAGCCAGAUUUUGUCUGCACGUAGCUGGUUGGAACAGGAACAUGAAAGGAUUGAAAAAGAGCUUGUGCAAAAAAUUGACCAACUCUCAUUGACUUUUAAGGAAAACACUGAAAUGAGUGAAAGAGCUAUAGAGAUGAAAUUCAACCAAAUGGCAGAGAAAAUUGACAAAAUAGAAGAAAUACAGAAGAUAACCAUGGAAGCACAUGAAGCAAAACAGACUGAAGAAAAGAUAAAUAUUCGCAUUGGAAAACUUCAAAAUGAGAUAAAUGAAGAUAUAAAAGAAAUGAAAGCUGAAGUUAAUGCUGGGUUUGCAGCUAUCUAUGAGAGCAUUGGGUCUCUACGGCAAGUUCUAGAAGCGAAAAUGAAGCUGGACAGAGAUGAACUACAGAAGCAGAUCCACCAAAUGAAGCAGGAGGUUCCAACGUGGGGAGAGGCUGGACCGUGACUACAAGAUUUGGUCUGAGAGAUUAACGUUUACCUGGCUAAACAGGCAGACUGAAAUCUUGUUCCAGUCUGUAAUCCAAAUUAAAUGCAUGUACCAAAUGACAUGCAGCUGUUGCACAGGCCCGUGUGAUUGCUCAAAGCAGUAAACGCAAGCUCUUCACAGACCAACCCACAACAAGCUCUUAUGGGCUGAGGUGCUGCUUUGCCACUGCACUACUCCAGUUGCUCUCAGGAGAUUAAGCACCGUGUAAAAUUGGAGUAAUAAUUUGGUGAAGCUGGCACCUAAUUUACUAAAGGCAUUCCAGUGCUCCCCAGUUUUGCAGGCUUGAUCAGGCAGGUGUGUAUAUAUAUAUAUAUAUAAAAAAGCACCUGCACACACCCACUUUUUUUAAAAAAAAAACAAAACCAAACAACCAAACCAACAAAGAAGUCGAUAUCAUUUGUUUAACAUCAGUUUGGCAAGGUUCUCCACCUUGAUACAAAUUACUUAACUGAAGUAAACGGACAUUUUUACAGUGACUUUCUCUACUACUGACUUCCUGGGGAGACAGAAUUGGUACUAGACAGGCCAAUUUUCAAAACCUAGAUACCAUCAGAACAUCUUCAUUUAGUUUUGCAAAUAUCCUCUGUGUGCGUGCGUAAACUAAGUAGUGUUAUCAAAUGUAGUUGUAGACUAAGAUGAUUCAUGAACAACAUAAGAAACUUAACUCGCGUGGUCUUCAGUCUUGUGACCUUUUUAAAUUAAUAACCAAGUGGAGCUGAGACAAGGUAAAAGAUGUAUAUAGAGUAUUUUAUAACUGGGCAUGUGUUCCUGUGACUUGUUUCAUUGUAUUGGUAAAAACUUUCAAAGGUUUGAAAACAGAAGAGAAGGUGAUAAUCUAAUAUAGUCUGGAGAAUGUAAUGUAAAAUAAAAUGCAGUUUAUGAUCUGUUUCAAAAUUUUUAUAGAAGUAAAAAACCUGAUUCUUCCAGUUUAAGACGACUUUAAUAAUUUAGUGGAUUCAAAUUGCUAAUCGCGUCAACAGUAUUUCCCAAUAAUAAUGGUGCUUAUUUCCAUUCCCAGAACAGAGUACAUAAUGAAAAAUCAGCACCCAUAUGGCAUAUUAAUCUAGACAGGAAAAGAUAUAUGUUGAUUUUAUAUCUUCAUUCAUAGCUUGAUAUUGCUCCUCAUGUUUGUAAAUCCUGCAGGAUUAAGCACUCAUGAAGAAUAAGAGACUUCAUCCAGUAUCCUAUUAAUUUAUAUUAUUAACAGUAAUUCAUAUACAAAAAUACAGUUAAUUUACACAAGCAUUACUGUUAAAGCAAAUAAAUUAAUAGGAUGUCUCUGCACUGUCUUUAAUGGACCUUUCUUUCGGCCAGUAUUGCAAAACUGUAUUCCUAUUUGGAAAAUCAGUGGCCAAUUUCUCAUCACUUCCAUGAAAGAGGGUUUGGCCCACAGUCACCAUACUAAAAAAAAAAAAAAAAAAAAAAAAAUUUGCUCCACAAACUUAAACUCAUUAACUUUGGUAGAACAGUGUAGUGUGUAAAAAUCAAGAAAAUCAUCUUUACAGGAUGACCACCUAAGUUUAUUUUCACUUCCUAGAUAGUUGAAAGUAAUUUAAUGUAUGAAAGAUACAUGAAGUUUUUGCAACUCUGGCACCCAAUGCUCUCUGGUAACAAAACUGCCUCUGUUACUCCUGUUUUGUAUUAUCCAUGUGCUGUAAAAGAUAUUUACAAUGGCAGCUAAGGAGAAAGCCCAGUUCAGUAAAGGGAGACAACGAAAUGCUUGCAGAUAUUUCUUAAGAAUCGUCUUAAAAAUUCAUUCUUUCUUCUUGUCUGUGUUCUUAUCUAUUCUUUGAUAUUUAGCCAUGUGCAGUGAAAAAGCUAUCACUGGUGUUUUAUAAAAAAAAGGAAAAGAACAGAGAAAGAAGCAAAAAGAGACAGCACAAAAACCCAACAUUUUUUUUUUUCUUCUGUAAUUAGAAAUCUGUAGCUGAGAGAAUCUGGUAUGAUAUGAAGACCAUACAAGAAAUCAGAGAAACAAUUUAUAUAGGACUUUAAUAAAAUGUUUCUCUUGUAAAAAUCUUGUGUGAUUCAUCCAGAUACAAAACAACACAUAAAAACCCUACCCAACUUUACUUUUGCUGUUUUGAAAAUAUUUUUUCCUAAAUCCCAGCUAAAACAAAUAACUAAAAAGCUCAAAUAUUGAAACAUGAGCUAUUGUCAAGCAGCACCUUCAAGCUAUAUCCAGUGCUGUGUGGAGGGAAGCACAGGUUAUGGGACUGGUAUGCUGGGAGGAGAGAUCAGAAAUGGGGAGCCAGUUCUAGGUGGACACACACAAGCGCAGCCUGCCCAGCAUCCAGCCUUCCCACCCCGCGCUCUAACUGGGCAGCUGUGGAAGAAGUCACAUGUUCCAGACCAAGAGGGUUCUACAGAAAAAUUGAGGAAAUGCCAGAAUGGGAAAAAGUAAUAUGAAGAAAGACUGAAAAAUCUGGAGAAGUGACAGGGCAAGAGAGCAAUCCAGUGAAGUGGCGCGAUGGAACAGUAGCAGCAGGGGCAGAGGCAAGGAAGAGUAGCUAUCUGCUGGUGAAGUGCAGAACAGGUCUGAAGACUUUAGGAAGAGCUGAAAGUUACAAACAAUAAUAUAUUUAAUACAAAACACAGAACCCACAAGGAUGGGCACAUUGAUUGAUUUGUCACAAUUCAUGCUCCUUACUCCUCUGCUGCAUUUUACUCUGCUCAAACAAUUGGAAAAAUAAAUUAUUUUUGUUUGUUUUCCCUUCAGUUACUUUCCUUUUUGUUUUGGUUUGGGGUUGCUUGUUUGUUUGGUUUGGGUUUUUUUGUUGUUUUGUUUUUUUUUUUUAAAGUUUUCUGCAAAAAUAGGUCAACAAUGUCUUGUCUGGGUAGACUGUCAGGGAGUCCUCAUGUCUGAUAAGUAACAGCUGAGUCAAGGGAGAAUUAGAGUCCCUCUAUCUUUCAAUCGUCUUAAAGUAGUCGUAUGGCAAAAUCCUCUCCUCAGGAACAGCAUGUGCCCAGAGGGAUAACCGUGACGCUGGGAGCACAGCAUUACAGACACAACAGUCUAUGGAAGCUUGAUUUUUCAAAGCGGAAACUAAUUCUGAAAACUGACCUGCAGAGAUCCCAUAAAACCUAAAUAGCUGUGCUAGAAAGCGGAGCUGCCCCUUCAUCUUUCCUUUCCGUGCUGGUCUCCGGUGGCAUUCCUGUGUGCCAGUCCUUCAGAGACAGAGAGGGCUUCUGAUGGCGGCAGUGAUGUGCUUUCUUUGCUCAACAUAAGUACUCACGCUAUGAGUCACUGUCUGUAGGGCACCAAACGCAGGGUGCCAGAGCCUGAAAGUGAGGAGAGACAGUGUCCUUCUGGAUGACACUCAAGCAAACAGAAUGAGACUUAGUCUAUUUGGGAAAGUAUAAUACUGAAUAUGCACAAAUUACUAUUUAGAACACAAAGCACACUGACAUAACCAUAAACUCACUGAAGGAAGGACAGGGAGAAGCCUUGAGAAGCCAUUUGCUCCUUCUCUCCGCUUCAGGACAGGGCCAACUCUAUCCAAAACAUUUGUCAUAGACACUUGUCUAACCUGCUUACAAAAGUCUUUCAAGCAUAAAUUGUUGACUAAUGCACUCUAUUCCAACGCUUAAAGAACAUUGCCCUGCCACCCAAACACCUAACCUAAACGGACUCUUGAUAGGACAAGACAUAAUGGACUAAAAUUUCAAGUGCAGAGGACACAAAAUGUAAUUUAUUACAUUCUUUCCUGCAUGUCCAUUAAUUUUUUAAAGCAACCUGUAUUUUACAGAGGAUUGAGAUGAAGUUUCACAGGGAUCUUUGCCCAAUAUUUCUUAAACUUUUUUCUCCUUCCUAUUCCUCUUAAAAAAACCCAAAA